UUCCUACGCCUUAUAAAUUGGCUCUGCCAGGACAACAACGUAUUUUCAGUGGUUGUUUCCUUAGCUGUUCUGAAACUUGGUGGAACAAAUCAGUAAUGUAGGCAAAUUAAAUUGUAAUACAUUACUGCAUUAGUUACAGACAGUUCCUGAAUUCGGAAAACGUUCAAGUAAGCUAAGGAAAACCAGACUCAUCAGCGCCAUGAAGAUGUAUUUGAUUCUCCUCUUUGGUAUUCAUGGAGCUUUAGCAGGUCAGUCAUUUCCACAUUAUUGUUUAGUAUCUUUUAAUUAUUGGAUUAUUUUUUUGUAGGCUAUAUACACGUGACAUUUAAACGCUGAUGUUUUAUUGUUUCAAAUGAAAAACAUGACAAUUCGGCCGCCAACGGCCUUAGAAUAAACAGACAAGACGAGUAGACAAUUAGAAUAGAAUAACAGCAUCCCUCGAUAAAACAAACACAUUGCAGUAAGGAAAAGUGUUGAUUACACUAUAUGUCCAACAAGGUGGGCUCUUGAUUGGAGGUAGGCUGUCCCCUGUGAGAAGUGAAAUCGUGUGCUGUAAUGGCUGUGAAGUGCCGAUAUUAACCUUAAGUAUUACGUUUGCCCUGGUGUUAGGUGACGCAGUCUGUUCUAUGUUCCUAUAGGCCAGGGAUGGGCAACUUUGAUGGGGUCAAAAAUCAAUGGGGGGUGGGGGGGCCACGGCGGGCGGUAAAUCAACCAUGAUUAAUAGUUUAGAUAGCUGGCUGAUAGACUAAUUUACCAAUCUAAAAAUCUUUAGCUGACAUGGGCUAAUUGAGCGACUAUCAGUGACUGCCAUAACAAGAGAAAACUGCUGAUGCACAACCAAAUUUCGAAAUUGCACCUUGUGUAUUCUACUAUUCGAACUAGCAACAGUAAGUUGAGACCCUACAGUUAUUGAUCCAAGGGCCUUCAAAAGGGGCCGCCAGUUGCCUAAACGAUAUAUUUUUGAAUGUCAUAGUGUACUUACAUAAUGAACCCCCUAGACUAGUGAUGUAUGUUGUUACAUGUUUUUUAUUUAUUUGAUUCAUAGCAGUUGGCAAUGAAGUACAGUGUAUUUUAGUUUUUUUGUUGUAGAUGUUUUAGAUUUUAUUAGGAUUCCCACUAGCCGACGCCAAUGGCGACAGCUUGUCUUACUGGGGUCUGACUGAUAAUGAAAAAGACAUUACAGACCAAAUACUUUAGAAUUUACAUACAUUUAAAACAUUAACAUGCAGUGUGCCUGUGUGUGUGCAUCUAUCAGUUACAAAUACAUGUCAGUAUAUGCACAGAAAAAGUAGGUCACAUGGGGGAGUUGCUAUUUUAUUUAUUUUUUAAACCAGGUUUGCUGUUCACAUGCGCUAUAUGAGAUUGAAGGGAGGUCCAUGCAAUUAUUUUUCUCUGUAUAAUACUGUACGUUUCCUUGAAUUUGUUCUGGACCUGGGGACUGAAAAGACCCCUGGUGGCAUGUCUGGUGGGGUGUGCGUGUGUGUCAGUACUGUGUGUAAGUUAACUAUGCAAACAAUUUUGAAUUUUCAACACAUUGUUUCUUAUAAAAACAAGAAGUGAUGCAUUCAGUCUUUCCUCAACUCUUAGCCAAGAGAGACUGGCAUGAUAUUUGGCAUGAUAUUAGCCCUCUGAUUACAAAACAUGCCACUCUGUUCUGGGCAAACUGCAGUUUAACUAGGUCCUUUGCAGCAUUUGACCAUAUGACUGGACAAUAAUCAAGAUAAGAUUAAACUAAAGCCUGCAGGACUUGCUUUGUGUAGUGUCAAAAAAGCAGAGCAUCUCUUUAUUACAGGCAGACCUCUCCCCAUCUUUACCACCAUUGAUUCUACACUGAACAAAAAUGUAACCACAACAUGUAACAAUUUAAAAUAUUUUACUGAGUGACAGUUCAUAUAAGGAAAUCAUUCAAUUGAAAUAAAUUCAUUAGGCCCUAAUCUAUGGAUUUCACAUGACUGGUAAUACAGAUAUGCAUCUGUUGAUCACAGAUACAUAAAAUAAAAUAAAGUAGGGGCAUGGAUCAGAAAACCAGUCAGUAUCUGGUGUGACCACCAUUUGCCUCAUGCAGCGCGACAUAUAUCCUUUGCAUAGAGUUGAUCAGGCUGUUGAUUGUGGCCUGUGGAAUGUUGUCUCACUCCUCUUCAAUGGCUGUGCGAAGUUGCUGGAUAUUGGUGGGAACUGGAACAAGCUGUCCUACACGUCGAUCCAGAGCAUCCCAAAAAUGCUCAAUGUGUGACAUGUCUGGUGAGUAUGCAGGCCAUGGAAGAACUGGGAUAUUUUCAGCUUCCAGGAAUUGUGUACAUAUCCUUGCGACAUGGGGCUGUGCAUUAUCAUGCUGAAACAUGAGGUGAUGGCGGUGGAUGAAUGGCAUGACAAUGUGCCUCAGGAUCUCGUCACGGUAUCGCUGUGCAUUCAAAUUUCCAUCAAUAAAAUGCAAUUGGCUUCGUUGUCCGUAGUGUAUGCCUGCCGAUAUCAUAACCCUACCACCACCAUGGGGCACUCUGUUCACAGCGUUGACAUAAUCAAACCGCUCGCCCACACGACACCAUCUGUCCAGUACAGUUGAAGCCGGGAUUUAUUCAUGAAGAGCAAACUUCUCCAGCGUGCCAAUGGCCAUCGAAGGUGAGCAUUUGCCCACUGAAGUCGGUUACGACGCCGAACUGCAGUCAGGUCAAGACCCUGGUGAGGACGACGAGCACGCAGAUGAGCUUCCCUGAGACGGUUCUUGACAGUUUGUGCAGAAAUUCUUCGGUUGUACAAACCCACAGUUUCAUCAGCUGUCCGAGUGGCUGGUCUCAGACGAUCCCGUAGGUGAAGAAGCUGGAUGUGGAGGUCCCGGGCUGGCGUGGUUACACGUGGUCUGCGGUUGUGAGGCCGGUUGGACGUACUGCCAAAUUCUCUAAAACGACGUUGGAGGCGGCUAAUGGUAGAGAAAUUAACAUUACAUUCUCUGGCAACAGCUCAGGUAGACAUUCCUGCAGUCAGCAUGCCAAUUGCACCCUCCAUCAAAACUUGAGACAUCUGUGGCAUUGUAUUGUGUGACAAAACUGCACAUUUUAGAGUUACCUUUUAUUGUCCCCAGCACAAGGUGCACCUGUGUAAUUAUCAUGCUGUUUAAUCAGCUUCUUGAUAUGCCACACAUGUCAGGUGGAUGGAUUAUCUUGGCAAAGGAGAAGUGCUCACGAACAGGGAUGUAAACAAAUGUGUGCACAAAAUAUGAGAGAAAUAAGCAUUUUGUGCAUAUGAAACAUUUCUGGUAUCUUUUAUUUCAGCUCAUGAAACAUGGGACCAACACUUUACAUGUUGCGUUUAUAUUUUAGUUCAGUAUAUAUGUUUUGACCAUGACAGUUUACAGUCUAAGGUAACGCCAAGUAAUUUAGUAUUUUCGACUUGCUAAACAGCCACACCAUUCAUUACCAGAUUCAGCUGAGGUCUAUAACUUAGGGAAUGAUUUGUACCAAAUACAAUACUCUUAGUUUUAGAGAUAUUCAGGACUAGCGGCCAGCCAUUCUAAACUGACAGAAACUCUUUGUUUAGGGUUGCAGUGACUUCACUAGCUGUGGUUGCUGACACGUAUAGUGUUGAAUCAACAGCAUACAUGGACACACAGGCUUUGUUUAAUGCCAGUGUCAGGUCAUUGGUAAAAAAAAAAAUAGAAAAGAGUAGAUGGCCAAGAGAGCUGCCCUGCGGUACACCACACUUUACAUGUUUAACAUUAGAGAAGCUUCCAUAAAAAUAAAAAAAACGGUGUUCAAUUAGGUAGAUGGCUCUGAAUCCACGAUAUGGCAGAGGUUGAAAAGCCAUAACACACAUUUUUUUCCACAACAGGUUAUGGUCAAAUCUUUUAAAAAAUCUAAGAGUACAGCUCCCACAAUCUUCUAUUAUCAAUUUCUUUCCACCUAUCAUUAGUAAUUUGUGUCAGUGCAGUACAUGUUGAGCGCCCUUCUCUAUAGGUUCUGUAUAGGUUUGAUCAAACACGUUAAUAAAAACAGACAUCUGCUGUAGGAAAACAUGUUACAGUUGAAGUCGGAAGUUUACAUACACUUAGGUUGGAGUCAUUAAAACUCGUUUUUCAACCACUCCACAUAUUUCUUGUUAACAAAUUAUAGUUUUGGCAAGUCGGUUAGGACAUCUACUUUGUGCAUGACACAAGUAAUUUUUCGAACAAUUGUUUACAGACAGAUUAUUUCACGUAUAAUUCACUGUAUCACUAUUCCAGUGGGUCAGAAGUUUACAUACACUAAGUUGACUGUGCCUUUAAACAGCUUGGAAAAUUCCAGAAAAUGAUGUCAUGGCUUUAGAAGCUUCUGAUAGGCUAAUUGACAUCAUUUGAGUCAAUUGGAGGUGUACCUGUGGAUGUACACUGCUCAAAAAAAUAAAGGGAACACUUAAACAACACAUCCUAGAUCUGAAUGAAUGAAAUAAUCUUAUUAAAUAUUUUUUUCUUUACAUAGUUGAAUGUGCUGACAACAAAAUCACACAAAAAUUAUAUCAAUGGAAAUAACAUUUAUCAACCCAUGGAGGUCUGGAUUUGGAGUCACCCUCAAAAUUAAAGUGGAAAACCACACUACAGGCUGAUCCAACUUUGAUGUAAUGUCCUUAAAACAAGUCAAAAUGAGGCUCAGUAGUGUGUGUGGCCUCCACGUGCCUGUAUGACCUCCCUACAACGCCUGGGCAUGCUCCUGAUGAGGUGGUGGAUGGUCUCCUGAGGGAUCUCCUCCCAGACCUGGACUAAAGCAUCCGCCAACUCCUGGACAGUCUGUGGUGCAACGUGGCGUUGGUGGAUGGAGCGAGACAUGAUGUCUCAGAUGUGCUCAAUUGGAUUCAGGUCUGGGGAACGAGCGGGCCAGUCUAUAGCAUCAAUGCCUUCCUCUUGCAGAAACUGCUGACACACUCCAGCCACAUGAGGUCUAGCAUUGUCUUGCAUUAGGAGGAACCCAGGGCCAACCGCACCAGCAUAUGGUCUCACAAGGGGUCUGAGGAUCUCAUCUCGGUACCUAAUGGCAGUCAGGCUACCUCUGGCGAGCACAUGGAGGGCUGUGCGGCCCCCCAAAGAAAUUCCACCCCACACCAUGACUGACCCACCGCCAAACCGGUCAUGCUGGAGGAUGUUGCAGGCAGCAGAACGUUCUCCACGGCGUCUCCAGACUCUGUCACGUCUGUCACGUGCUCAGUGUGAACCUGCUUUCAUCUGUGAAGAGCACAGGGCGCCAGUGGCGAAUUUGCCAAUCUUGGUGUUCUCUGGCAAAUGCCAAACGUCCUGCACGGUGUUGGGCUGUAAGCACAACCCCCACCUGUGGACGUCGGGCCCUCAUACCACCCUCAUGAAGUCUGUUUCUGACCGUUUGAGCAGACACAUGCACAUUUGUGGCCUGCUGGAGGUCAUUUUGCAGGGCUCUGGCAGUGCUCCUCCUGCUCCUCCUUGCACAAAGGCGGAGGUAGCGGUCCUGCUGCUGGGUUGUUGCCCUCCUACGGCCUCCUCCACGUCUCCUGAUGUACUGGCCUGUCUCCUGGUAGCGCCUCCAUGCUCUGGACACUACGCUGACAGACACAGCAAACCUUCUUGCCACAGCUCGCAUUGAUGUGCCAUCCUGGAUGAGCUGCACUACCUGAGCCACUUGUGUGGGUUGUAGACUCCGUCUCAUGCUACCACUAGAGUGAAAACACCGCCAGCAUUCAAAAGUGACCAAAACAUCAGCCAGGAAGCAUAGGAACUGAGAAGUGGUCUGUGAUCACCACCUGCAGAACCACUUCUUUAUUGGGGAUGUCUUGCUAAUUGCCUAUAAUUUCCACCUGUUGUCUAUUCCAUUUGAACAACAGCAUGUGAAAUUUAUUGUCAAUCAGUGUUGCUUCCUAAGUGGACAGUUUGAUUUCACAGAAGUGUGAUUGACUUGGAGUUACAUUGUGUUGUUUGUGUUCCCUUGAUCAGUGUAUUUCAAGGCCUACCUUCAAACUCAGUGCCUCUUUGCUUGACAUCAUGGGAAAAUCAAAAGAAAUCAGCCAAGACCUCAGAAAAGAAAUUGUAGACCUCCACAAGUCUGGUUCAUCCUUGGGAGCAAUUUCCAAAUGCCUGAAGGUACCACGUUCAUCUGUACAAACAAUAGUACGCAAGUAUAAACACCAUGGGACCACACAGCCGUCAUACCGCUCAGGAAGGAGACGCGUUCUGUCUCCUAGAGAUGAACGUACUUUGGUGCGAAAAGUGCAAAUCAAUCCCAGAACAACAGCAAAGGACCUUGUGAAGAGGCUGGAGGAAACAGGUACAAAUGUAUCUAUAUCCACAGUAAAACAAGUCCUAUAUCGACAUAACCUGAAAGGCCGCUCAGCAAGGAAGAAGCCACUACUCCAAAACCGCCAUAAAAAAGCCAGGCUAUGGUUUGCAACUGCACAUGGGGACAAAGAUUGUACUUUAUGGAGAAAUGUCCUCUGGUCUGAUGAAACAAAAAUAGAACUGUUUGGCCAUAAUGACCAUUGUUAUGUUUGGAGGAAAAAGGGGGAUGCUUGCAAGCCGAAGAACACCAUCCCAACCGUGAAGCACCGGGCAGGCGGCAUCAUGCUGUGGGGGUGCUUUGCUGCAGGAGGGACUGGUGCACUUCACAAAAUAGAUGGCAUCAUGAGGAAGGAAAAUUAUGUGGAUAUAUUGAAGCAACAUCUCAAGACAUCAGUCAGGAAGUUAAAGCUUGGUCGCAAAUGGGUCUUCCAAAUGGACAAUGACCCCAAGCAUACUUCCAAAGUUGUGGCAAAAUGGCUUAAGGACAACAAAGUCAAGGUAUUAAGGAUCACAAAGCCCUGACCUCAAUCCUAUAGAAAAUGUGUUGGCAUAACUGAAAAGGCGUGUGCGAGCAAGGAGGCCUACAAACCUGACUCAGUUACACCAGCUCUGUCAGGAGGAAUGUGCCAAAAUUCACCCAACUUAUUGUGGGAAGCUUGUGGAAGGCUACCCAAAACGUUUGACCCAAGUUAAACAAUUUAAAGGCAAUACUACCAAAUACUAAUUGAUUGUAUGUAAACUUCUGACCCACUGGGAAUGUGAUUAAAUAAAUAAAAGCUGAAAUAAAUAAUUAUCUCUACUAUUAUUCGGACAUUUCACAUUCUUAAAAUAAAGUGUUGAUCCUAACUGACCUAAGACAGGGAAUCUUUACUAGGAUUAAAUGUCAGGAAUUGUGAAAAACUGAGUUUAAAUGUAUUUGGCUAAGGUGUAUGUAAACCUCAGACUUAAACUGUAUUUAUAACCUCAAUAAGUUUGCAUGUCAUAGUCAUGCUUGUAGUAUGUUGGUACUCCAGAAAUACGGGGAUGUUCUGAUUGAUUGAUUUAUUGAUUGAGGAAGAUUUAGGUUUGUUUGAUAAAGUGAUGCCAUAAUAUCAACAAAGGAUAGCUAGCUCUAACAUCGUUAUUGCUUCUCUUAUAGGCGUCCGCAUGCUUCCCAUCCGAAACAGUUUGUGUAUAUAUUAUGAUGACAUCUUGAGAUGUUUUUGCUUGGGCAAGUGUUUUUUCGGCUGUUCAUGCACACAAUUUUUUCGAGGCAAGCCGGUGUUCGGUAGGUGAAGGCUACGCCCCUUUGUCUGUGAUUGGUCAACAGUAGGGAUUCUUCAAUGAAGUGUUUGUUUUCAUUCAAUGAGAGAUUACCUGUUUUCAUGCACACAUUUUUUCACUUGAGAAAUACUGCACCAAACAUCUUAGUUAGUUGUUAAAUUGUGCGAUUAAGAUCUCCUCGGCAAAAACGUCAAAAUGAAUGUACUGGAUACAGCAUCUCAAGAUGGACCAACAGCACUAUUGCCACGUUUUUCUACUUUUUCAUGCGAAGGUCUUUUAAGGGAGUAUGCGAGGCACAGAUGUUCACUUAGCCUAGCAGAGAUUGCUUUUGGUCCUUUAAAAAAAACAUGCAGUGGCAGCCACGAUUUAGCAGCAGCCAUGUGCUGCUGCUAAAUGCAUAAAGGGGAAGCACUCUUUAACAUUACAUGUGCAGUACCUUAACGUACCUUAUCUCUGUUACAGUGACCCAUUCCCUGCGUUACUUCAACGCAGCCUCCUCAGGAAUUCUAAACGUCCCAGAGUUUGUGGAAAUGGGGAUGGUGAAUGAUCAGGUCAUUAGCCACUAUGACAGCAUCACGAAGAUUAAGGUCCCCAAGCAGAGCUGGAUGAAGGAGUAUUUUAACAAGCAAUACUGGGAUAGCACCACAGAGAACUUGAGAUACGCAGAGGAAGUUUCCAAAGUCAACAUUCAGACAGCACAGAUGCGUUUCAAUCAAACAGGAGGUGAGCUUCAGAGACCUCAGUCUGUGUGAUUGUACUGUUUGACUACAUUUUGAUAACAAAUUUGAUAUUGAAAUUACUCCAAGCAAAAGCCGUAUGGUUUUGUGUGUGUUCAAUGUGAGUGCUGUGUAAAGAAAGUUCAUGUUGGUAUGUCAGUGUUCCUAACAAUGUAAUCUCUCUCUCUCUCUCAGGCAUGCACAUUAACCAGGACAUGUAUGGCUGUGUGUGGGAUGAUGAGACAGGAUUCACAGAUGGGUUUCACCAUAUUGGAUAUGAUGGAAUAGACCUCCUGGCAUUUGACCUGAAGACAGAGACAUGGAUUGCCGCAGUCCCGCAGGCAUUCAACUCCAAACUUAAGUGGGAAAGUAACCCUUCUAACAUUGAGAGGGAGAAACUCUACCUCACCCAGGAGUGCAUUGAGUGGCUGAAGAAGUAUCUGGACUAUGGGAAGACUACUCUGCAGAGGACAGGUACAGAGACACAGGAGAUUAUGAAUUUACUCCACAGGCAGAAUACUGAUGUGAAAUUGUAUAUUUUCUUUUACAUUUCCAUACUGCAUGUCAUAUUCAAGUUUAGUUUUUUUUAUCUCCUGCUGUUCCACUCCCUGUACUUGUUUCUCUCAUCACUAUGCCUGUAUGUCUCUCUUCCCUCCCCUCUCUCUAUUUUACUCUCUCUCUCCAGUCCCUCCCUCAGUGUCUCUGCUCCAGAAGACCCCCUCCUCUCCAGUGACCUGCCACGCUACAGGUUUCUACCCCAGUGGAGUCAUGGUGUUCUGGCAGAAAGACGGACAAGAUCAGCAUGAAGAUGUGGAGAAUGGAGAGAUUCUCCGCAACGAUGAUGGAACCUUCCAGAAAAGCGUCCACCUCACAGUGACGUCUAAGGAGAGGAAGAACAACAAGUAUCAGUGUGUGGUUCAGGUCGCUGGUAUCAAGGAGGACUUCAUCAAGGUUCUGACUGAGUCUGAGAUCCAGACCAACUGGGGUAAGAGGGAGAAAGAUUCAAAUAUACCCUAUACCCAACCCUCCUACUGAAUGUGCCCAAUAUUCCUCAUUUAAGUUCACUCAUCUGCUUAGUAAACCUACCUUUUAUGACUGCAUGUUCUCAUUGACCUCCUAACCUUUUAUUGACAUUGAGGGAUGCUGCUUGGAGUUCAUUUGAGAUGGAAAUGUACCAUCUAGCACUGUAGUCUGAAUGCUCUAUUCUGAUGAUUACAGGUGCAAAUGACCCAAACACCACUGGCUCCGCCCUCAUCAUUGGAGUGGUUGUAGCUCUCCUGGCCAUUGUUGCUGUUGUUGUUGGGGUCGUCAUUUGGAAGAAGAAGAGCAAGAAAGGUGUGAGGAGAGAAAUACCUCUUUCUAUUAUCAUAUGUAGGAUACACUGUCAUCUUAGAUAUUAUCAGAAGUGUUUUAGUUAGUAGUUUAGAAGUAGUAGUCGUAGUACUGGUUUACAAGCAAUAGUAUUGUACAGUGUAGUUAGUGAUGGUAGAAGUAUGUUUGAUCUGAUUCAUGUAAAUAAAGAGUCACGUUGUCACUUAGGUUGUAUGUGAUGUCUGCAGUAGGAAUACAGGAUUCAGAAUACUCUCAAACAUGUUCUCUUGUAAUAUUCCACCAAAUCAGAGUCAAUAAUAACAUCACGUUUAUCUCUGUUUCAGGCUUUCUUCCAACCAGCAGUAAGUGGGGACCUUCAUGUUGUUCGCUAUUCUAAAAAGAUCACAGAUUGUUUGUUUUGUGUUUGACUGUGUCCAUUUAAGGAUGUGGUUGAGUCUCUUUUCCUUGAAGAUUCUGAUGCUGGUUCAAACUUAGAUGUCAAUUGAUGUAGCUACUUAGUUUAUAUGGAAGGUUUUAUUUACCCUGAACCAUGCAUUAGGAACUUGUAAAUGAACCUGAACUCAUUAUCUUUCAAUCAGUCUCUUUUUCAUACAUUGCUUUCAUUUCUGUUUUAGCUUCCGACACUGACUCUGACAACUCUGGGAAAGGAUUCCAAAAGACUUGA